AUGGCUUCUACCUCGACCACAGGACAUCUUGAAGACUUUGAUAUCACUAUCAUUGACACAACAACAAUCAGCCCAACGAUGACAUCUCAGCCAUCUUCACAGGACUUGGCAAGAAUCGCGUCUACACUGGAAUCUUUUGAUAUCACAGUCAUCGGUAGAACAGUCAUCACACCUACAAAGAAGAAAACAACCGUCAAGACACCCCAACCACUCGGAAAGAACUUUGCGUUCUCAUUCGAUAUUGACGGUGUGAUCUACAAGUCGGGCGAGCUAUGCCCAGGGGCUUUAGAAGCCAUGACCUAUCUCCACGAAAACGAAAUCCCUUUUAUCUUCCUAACUAACGGAGGUGGAAAGAUCGAAGAUGAACGUGCUGCUGACAUGGCCCAGAAACUAGGGAUACCCAUCCUCGCUUCCCAGUUCAUCCAAGCACAUACUCCUUUCAAGAACCAAGUCGAAACUCUGGCCGACAAGACUGUUCUUGUGCUCGGAGGCGUUGGAAACCAGUGCAGAGAAGUUGCUGAGCACUAUGGCUUCAAGAGAGUCAUUACCUCUGCUGACAUCAUCACAGCUUAUCCAAACAUCUAUCCCUUCAACGAGAUCCACAAAGACUACUUCACUAAGACGGCACGACCAUUGAUGACCGAAGGAAAUUCCCCGCCAGAGGUUGCUGCUGUCUUCAUCUACUCAUCCCCCAGAGACUGGGGACUUGAUCUGCAGAUUCUCAUCGAUCUCUUCCUCUCGGAAAAAGGUAAGUUUGGCACCAUGUCCCCCCUCAAUGGAAACACUGAACUACCCAACAAGGGAUAUCUGCAAGACAGACAGCCCCAUCUCUUCAUGGCCAAUCCCGAUAUCACCUUCGCCACCAAGCACAACCUUCCACGAAUCUGCCAAGGCACUUUCAAACUGGCUUUGAAAGGCAUGUGGUCGGGCAUGACUGGAACUGAGCUCAUCGACGGAGAACAUUACACACAGAUCGGUAAGCCUACCCAGCUCCAGUUCGAAUACGGCGAGCAGGCUCUUCGUGAGGUUGCUGGGGAGGAACUAGCACGGGUAUACAUGGUAGGUGAUGGACCUCGCUCAGACAUUGCUGGUGCGAACAACUAUCUGAGUCCCCAUGGGACGACUUGGUCGAGCAUUCUGGUUCAGACCGGAAUCCAUCAAGCUGGAACGGUACCAGAGCAUUUGCCGACCGUCGAGGUCCCAAAUGUCAUGGAUGCAGUGAGAUGUGCUCUGGAACAAGAAGGUGUGCAAAUCUAG